AUGGCGAGUUUAUGGAUUGGCAACUUUACUGCUUACUUCAACGAGACCACCGCCACCACUGCCAUGCAUGUCAUCGCAGCUGACUUCGACAGCCUCGCUAACCAAAACUGGCUCGCAACAUCGUACUUGUUGGGCUUCACUGUCACACAAACCCUUCUCGGCAAGUUCGCUGACAUCUUUGGGCGUGCCCAGGUGUUCAACGGUACAAUGCUUAUUUUUGGUGCUGGGACUCUGUGGUGCGGGCUGGCCACGAGCAUGAAUUCAUUGAUUGGUGCUCGCCUUCUUCAGGGCAUAGGUGCCGCUGGAAGACAAUCCGUCGGCGUGAUCAUUAUUUUGGAUUUGACAACGGCAGACACACGAGGUCUGUGGUUGGGAUAUUUCAACUGCGCCUCUGCAAUCGGUCUAGCGAUUGGGCCCGUGCUAGGCGCAGUCCUCUCCGUCGACGUAGACUGGAGAUGGAUAUUCUGGAUCACGCUCAUGCUCAUUGGAGUCACGAUGGUCAUUGGGGCGACAUGCCUCGGGUAUCCUGUUCCUCAUCGGAAGCAACGCAUCGGGUUACUUGCGCAGCUGGGAGAAGUGGAUUACAUUGGUUCUGUACUUGCGGUUGCGGUCUCGAGCAUGAUAUGUAUUGCCAUCGAGAUGGGAAACAAGAUGUUCCCUUGGAACUCGGCGCCCAUCAUCUCUCUCUUCGUUGUCGGAGGUCUCCUCAUACCUGUCUUUGUUUUCUACGAGCUCAAGGUAGCCGAACACCCCGUUGUUGACAUCCGCCUUUUCAGCAUACGAAAUAUCCCGAUUACUUGUUUGAUCAACUUUCUCACUGGAGCUGGCUACUUCGGCUCCGUCUUCUUCCUUCCCCGUUACUUCAUUGAUAUCAAAGGUUCCAACUUCAUUCAGUCCGGGCUACAGAUGCUGGGCCUCAUCCUUACGCUCGGCAUAUCCUCAGUUGCAGGGGCUAACAUCCUUGCACACACGGGGAAGGUGCGCCUUAUUGGCGUAGUGGGCGGCGUUUUAUACGCACUGGGUAGUGCUUUAAUGUUGAUGGUGGGACAGUACACGCCUGCAGUGACAACUAUUGGCUUUUCCAUCAUCACGGGCAUUGCAUCUGGUAUGCUCUACCAGCCUUCCCUCGUUGUUGGACCCAUGUCCGUCAAACCACAUCAAAUUGCGGGAAUCAGCGGGUUCUUGUCUUUUCUACGAACAUUGGGGGGCACAUUUGCCACUGCACUCCUCACAGCAAUAUACGAGACCAGCUUUACGGAAUCGCUCCGCGGGAAACUCCCAGACUCGUUGGUGAAUCAGGGGCUUCAGCUCGCAGACAAUCAUGCUUCUUACCCCGAGUACGAGGACCAAAUCCUUAACGCCCUCAUCAAGGCCUAUCAUUUCGGCAUGAUACCGGCUAUCUGUUUUGGUGUUGUCUACGCCAUAGCAGUGGCCUUUCUCUACGACGUGGACUUCAGCCCACCUUGGAAGCGGGAACGGGAACGGAUAGCAGAAAAACGGAAGAACGAGGAAGCAUGA